CAAGAGAGCAUCAACGCAGUCCUCGAGUAUCUGGCGAAAGGGGAGAAACGAUUGGGUCUAUCUCUCGCGACUGGAAGCGGGAAAACGGUCAUCUUCAGUCAUCUGAUUGAGCAAGUUCCCGCUCCUACACCAUGCGCUACACAGACGCUGAUCCUCGCGCAUCGGCGAGAACUCGUAGAGCAAGCCGCAGUGCAUUGCAGAAAUCUGUAUCCCGACUUGGCCGUUGAGGUUGAGAUGGGUAGCCAGCACGCUUCUGGACUGGCCGAUAUAACCGUUGCAUCCGUACGGAGCAUCACGUCUGGCAUCCGAAUCCAGCGCUUCGAUCCUGCUCGCUUCAAGCUUGUGCUUGUCGACGAGGCCCACCAUAUUGUUGCGCAGGGCUAUCUUGAUGUCCUCCGCCACUUCCAGCUGUACGACACCAACAAGCUGGGCCCGACCGCUCUUGUCGGUGUAUCAGCCACUUUCUCCCGGCAUGAUGGUAUCAAACUUGGGGCAGCGAUUGAUCAUAUUGUCGCCCAUAAGGACUACAUCGAUUUGAUCGAGGACAAAUGGCUCUCAGAUAUGAUUUUGACCACAGUCCGGACGAGUGUCGAUCUUACGAAGGUCAAGUCGAGCGCCGGAGACUUCCAGACCAGCGAGUUAUCCAAAGCCGUGAAUCAAGAGGAGACCAACACUAUCAUCGUUCGAGCUUGGAUGGAGAAGGCAAUGAAGAGCAGAAAAUCGACCCUAGUUUUCUGUGUAGAUCUUGCCCAUGUGUCUAAUCUCACAGCUGCCUUUCGCGAGCACGGUAUCGACGCCCAGUUCGUCACGAGUGACACCCAUACUCAGGUUCGCAAGGAUCGCCUCGACGCAUUCAAGGCAAGGGAGUUUCCGGUCCUACUGAAUUGCGGAAUCUUUACGGAAGGGACCGACAUACCCAACAUCGACUGUGUUAUCCUUGCGCGACCCACGAAGUCGCAGAACCUCCUGGUCCAGAUGAUCGGGCGAGGUCUUCGAUUGUACCCAGGGAAAGAGAACUGUCACAUAAUUGACAUGGUCACUGCGCUCGACGUUGGCGUAGUGACCACACCUACGCUGUAUGGUCUCGAACCGAACGAGCUUCUGGAGUUGGCCGAUGCCCAGCAGAUAAAGAGCAUAAAAGAGCGGCGCGAAUUGGAGCGUGAGAGGGAACAGAAUGCGAUCGUUGCUGCGAAACCUCGCAGUGCGUCGGCGUUAAAAUCCCGGCUUCUCAGCUUUGAGGACUUCAGCGUGUCUGAUCUCAUGGAUCAGUCUUCAGACGACUUCCAUGUCCGCAAAAUUUCACCAUUCUCAUGGGUCUGCAUCGGAGACAACCACUACAUCCUUCCAAACGCAGACGGCGCAUUCAUGAGCAUUAAUGAGGACGAUGCGGGAAACUUCCAGAUGUCGUACACGGCUAAACUGCCCGCCGGCUCUACGUCCAAGUCGCCAUGGGCGAGACCAAGAAAGAUUGGAAAGCAGGAGACUUUGAAAGGUGCUGUGCGCGCAGCCGACACUUAUGCUGGCAGAAUCUUCCCAUUCCAAUUUAUCAGCAAGACCGCUGGCUGGCGCAGAUCACCAGCUUCCGAGGGUCAAAUCAAGUUUUUGAACAAGUCUCGAGAUGAGAGCCACCAGCUGGAGAUCGGCCAGAUUUCGAAGGGCGAUGCGGCGGACCGAAUCACCAAAAUCAUGCGCGGCGCUAAAGGCCAACUUACGCGCAUGAAAGGUGAAGUCAAAAAGGCAAAGCGAGCGGCUGAAGCAAGAGCGAAGCGUGGUGCUAAGUCGGGUUUGCUCACCGUUGGUCCGGUGGCUGCGCAGGAACGUUGA